CUCUUUCAGCCCUUGAAUAAAAACUGCACCCAACUUCCCAGGCGCCCUCAUUGCCCAGCCGGACCCCAGCCCCCGAUAGGCUCGGGCCGCCCAGCUCGCCCCGUGCUCCGCCGGCCCCCGCCCAGCGCACCGGACCCCACCCCCGGCGCCCCGCGCUCGCCCCCUCGGUUCGCUCUCACCAUGGACAAGUUUUGGUGGCGCCUAGCCUGGGGACUGUGCCUCUCGCAGUUGAGCCUGGCGCAGAUCGAUUUGAAUAUAACCUGCCGAUACGCGGGUGUGUUCCACGUGGAGAAAAACGGUCGCUACAGCAUCUCGAAGACGGAGGCUGCUGACCUCUGCAAGGCUUUCAACAGCACCCUGCCCACCAUGACCGAGAUGGAGGCAGCCCUGAGCAUCGGGUUUGAGACCUGCAGGUACGGGUUCAUCGAAGGCCACGUGGUGAUCCCCCGUAUUCACCCCAACUCCAUCUGUGCCGCAAACAACACCGGGGUGUACAUCCUCACAUCCAACACCUCCCAGUAUGACACGUACUGCUUUAAUGCUUCAGCUCCACCUGGAGAAGAUUGUACAUCGGUCACACACCUGCCCAAUGCCUUUGAAGGACCAAUUACCAUAACCAUUGUUAACCGUGAUGGCACCCGCUAUACCCAGACGGGUGAAUACAGAACUAACCCUGAAGACAUCUACCCCAGCAACCCCACUGACGAUGACGUGAGCAGUGGAUCAUCCAGUGAAAGAAGCACUUCGGGAGGCUACAGCAUUUUCCACACCCACCUUCCAACUGCCUACCCGACCCAGGACCAAGACAGUCCCGGGGCGUCCGACAACCCAGAGAAUCCCCCCAUUACCAUUACUUCAACUGUGCACUCAAACAGCCACGCAGCAGUUCAGGAGCAAACUAAUUGGAUGUGGUCCUGGUUGGGUAACUCACAGCCUAAGACUCAGGAUCACACAGCAGCUGCGACAACAGCUUUGAUGAGUUCUAGUGGCACAACUUCCAAAACAGCAACCAAGAGGCGAGAAGCCCAGGAUUGGCUUUCAUGGUGGUUUCAGCCAUCAGAGUCCGAGAAUCAUCUUCACACAACAACGAUAAUGGCUGGUACGGAUUCAAAUAUCAUCUCAGCAGGCUGGGAACCAACUGAAGAAAACGAAGAUGAAAGAGACAAACACCCCAGUUAUUCUGGAUCAGGCAUUGAUGAUGAUGAAGAUUUUAUCUCCAGUACCAUUUCAACCACACCACGGCUUUUUAACCACCCAAAACAGAACCAGGAUCGGACCCAAUGGAGCCCAGGCGAAUCGAAUCCAGGAGUGUUACUUCAGACAACUGCGAGGAUGACUGAUGUGGACAGAAGCAGCACGAUUGCUAAUGGAGAAAGCUGGACCCACGAACCACACUCUCCUCUCAUUCACCAUGAGCGUCAUGAUGAAGAGGAGACCCAGCAUUCUACGAGCCCAACCCCGGCCCAUGACAGCCAUCCAGACCAAAGAAUGACAACGCAGAGUCAAGAGGACAGCUCCUGGACUUACUUCUUCGACCCAAUCUCACAUCCAAUGGGACGAGGUCAUCAAACAGAAAGAUGGAUGGAUACGGACUCCAGCCAUAGUACAACACUUCAACCUUCUGCAGAUCCAAAUACACAUUCGGUGGAAGAGUUGGACAGGACAGGACCUCUUUCCGUGACGACUCAGCAGAGUCCUACUCAGAGCUUCUCUACAUCACAUGGAGACUGGGAAGAAGAUAAAGACCAUCCAGUGACUUCUACUCCAACAUCUAGCAGCAAGGAUGAUAGGACUGAUGGCAAAGGUGGAAGAAGAAGUGGACAUUUUCCUGAAGACUCAGCUACUUCAGUGGAAGGUUAUACUUCUCGGUCCCCAGCCACAAAGGAACCCAGGACCCUCAUCCCAGUGACCCCUGCUAAGACGGGGGUCCCUGAAGUUACUGAAGUUAAUAUUGCUGGAGAUUCCGACUCUAAUGUUGAUCGUUUCUUUUCAGAAGACCAAGACUCGCCAGUUCACCCCAGUGGGAGGUCCCAUACGACUCAUGGAUCAGAAUCAGCUGGGCACACAAGUGGAAGUCAAGAAGGUGGGGCGAACACGACCUCCGGUCCUACGCGGAAACCUCAAAUUCCAGAAUGGCUCAUCAUCUUGGCCUCCCUCCUGGCCUUGGCUUUGAUUCUUGCCGUCUGCAUUGCCGUCAAUAGUCGAAGAAGGUGUGGGCAGAAGAAAAAGCUGGUAAUCAACAACGGUAAUGGAGCGGUGGAGGAGAGAAAGGCAAGUGGACUCAACGGAGAGGCCAGCAAGUCUCAGGAGAUGGUGCACUUGGUGAACAAGGAGUCCUCAGUGACCUGCGAUCAGUAUAUGACAGCCGAUGAGACGCGGAACCUGCAGAAUGUGGACAUGAAGAUUGGGGUGUAGCGCCUACACCGUGGUGACCUGGGAAAGAAAUGGCCGUUGGAGACACAUCCAAUUCGAGGAGCUGGGACACUUCACAGAUGCAAUGUGCUACUGAUUGUUUCAUUGGGGGAUAUUUUUUUUAGUAUAAAAUUUUCUACUCAUUUUUGUUUUUGUGUUUUUUUUUUUUUAAGUCAGGUCCAAUUUAUACAAACAGCAUUGCUUUCUGAAAUGAGGGCCAAGUUAAUAAGCCACAAAAAUUUAACUGUUCCAGUUCCCACCUAGAAGCCUCCAUCCCCUAGGAUAUGCUAUGCAUGGCUUCUAACAAAAGCCACCAAUACAUCUUUCUGAUCCCCAGCCUUCCCUCCACUCCCCCACCUAGGCAACAGCCACCUGCCAGGGACAUCCCACAGGACUAAGAGGGAUUUGUCCCUGGGAGGAAAUUUGGAUGGGCCCUUAUCCCCUCUCCUGCAGCCCGUUCCCUGGGAAUUUCUUUCCAGCGGGGUAGGGGGUCAGAAUGUACUGGUUACACAUCCCCUUCUACAGACCUGGAAAUUUUUCAGAUGCUUCUGGGGAAAUACCCAAAAGGUGAAGCUAUUUAUCUGUAGGAAGCUAUUUAUCUGUGUUUUUGAAAUAUUAAACCCUGGAGGUCCUUUGAUCAGUAUGAUUCUUUUUUUUUUUUUUUUUUUUUUGGUUACUUUGUCAGAGGCAUAAAGGGUUUAAGCUGUUCAUAAUAAACAUCUGUACUUCCUCCACCAUAACCCUUUGUGCUGUGAUCCUUCGGUUUUUUUAACCAGCAAGAUCUGGUUCCCAAAAACUCAUCAGGAAGAUGCGAGAAGGUCCUCCUUGAAAGUCUUCAUCUCAGAGCCACUAAGCCCCCAUUCAGGUUCACUCAACCCAAUCUCAACGAACAUCAAGGAACAGAGCGCUAUUUCUGAGGCUUCAAAGACUUUCUCCUGUCCUAGCAUUAGAAUUAGGAAAGGAGAAGCUUCAGCUGCCUUUAUGUGUUAAUGGCCAUUGUUUUUCUGCCCUGAAAAGGCUGUGAAAAGUGACCUUAUGGUGCAUGACCUACCAUUCGUGGCACCCCAUUUCAUAGACACCCAAGUGAUGUCCAAAACCAGUAUGGAAGUACCUUUUGAUCUCUUGUAGUUAAAAGAGAAGUCAAUGAAUAUUAAAGAGAGUCCAACAGAGAGUAGCCAACUGAUUGGCACAGGUUGGGGGAGAGGGGAGAGAGCUGUGUAGAUCCUGUUUGAGUAUUUUUAUGGCUGUAUUUGUUGAUACUCUAACAAGCCAGUUGUCUUCCCUGAUGCAGUUGCUACUCAGGGUAAGUCAAGUGCCUGGGAAGUUGCUCAGAAGGUUACAGGUCUUCCUACCAUUGGAAUCUUAGCACUAGAUAGGCAGGUGUCUGACCAAAUAAGAGAAAAAUGGCUUUAUCCCUCGCUUGGUGGUCUUUAUUCAUAAGUUCAGAAGGUCCCAUUGGUCCUGGAACUUCCAAAGGUGACUUGUAAUAGAAGCAAUUGAAUCUAUAAAGAACUCCUAUAAAAUGGGACCUCUUACCUUAUGCUUCCGUAGAAAGUCAUCUGUUGCCUAAACUGAUGUUUAACUGGCAAUGUUUCUAAGACAGAAAGGGAGAGAGAGAGAGAGAAAAGAAGAAGAAGAAGAAAAAGAAGAAGAAGAAGAAGAGAAGAGGAGGAGGAAGGAGGAGGAAGAGGGAGAGGAAGGAGAAGAAAAUAGCUCCCACAUAAGUCAGGGCUGGACUUCUACAUGGCGUGACUAUGAAGUAUCUAAUUUUAAAAGAGAUGCCCACUUUGUGCACAUUUCCAAUUUCUGUUCUCCCUUAUCCACCCCCAUAACCUCUUCCCAAUCAUGAUCUUUGAAAAGUCCCUUCUAUUUUCUUUUUAUUUUCAAGUUGGAAGGAAGGAAAUAGACAUACAGCCACUCUGUUGUCACAGCCACUAGUGUCCAAGUGCUCCCUGCUUUCCAAGAGCAGAGGCUUCUGACAGGUUCACGCCAGCUCUUUAGCCACUCCGGGAUCCGGUUCAGGAGAGCUAUAGCAGGCUCUCGCCUGUCCCCAGAUUCUCUUUGGGGCCAUGGAUAGUGUGAAAAGGCUCACAGCUAGGGAUGAUUUUCCUUUUCCAGACAUUGCCAACAAAUAGGCUAAGAUAAGUCAUUGUUUUCUAUUUCAUUUUAGAAUCAAAUAUGACUUUUCCUUUUAUUAUUGUUGUAUUUCUUACUGGAUAUACUUCUGUGUUUUCAAGAUAGGAACUGGAUAGAUAGGUCUAGAGCUUGCGUCCCUUGGCUGCAGUACCCCUGCGAUAUUGCCUGAAGUUCGUGGAAUAAGAGAUAAUCUCUCCCAUUAAGCUGAGAGCUUAAGAUGCAAUUUUGCCUAUAAUUGUAAAUCUAUUGUGUCUCCUGGGAGCUGCUCUUAACACUGGGUGAAAAAUAAAAUGGGGCAAAAGACACCUUCACAUCCACAUUUUGCACAUCCUAGCCUGGCAGAAUGGAUUCCUCCAGCAGACUCUCUCAAAGUUUUACAUUGAGACCAUGAUGCCACAAAUUGAUUCCAUAGCCAAUGUUUAGUCAAUGCUGGUACCGCAGAGGAGUGGGAGAAAGGAGUCUCUGGCUUUUCUAGAAAUGUCGAGUAUACUUAAGAAUAAGAAUGACGUGAUCCAUGCGACUUCAUGUAAUGGGUAUGCCCUUUUAUAAAUCAUUUGUGUUGCAUUUUUAAAGGCUAGCUCGUUGUUCAUGCAUGUACAGUGACCAUUGUUACUUUGAUUUUUCAUAGCACAUCCUUCCUCUGAUUUUUGUAUAUUUAUUGAUGGACAAGUGGUAACGAGGAAAGCAUGAUAUGUAUAUUGUCCAGUUGAAAGCACUUAUUGGAAAAUACUAAAAGGCUACUAUUAAAAGGCUAAAGAAAAUGGA